CACUCCAGCCCUCCUCCUCCCCGGCGAGGGCUGUACAGCUGGCAAUUUACAGACAAUAACGCUGAGAGGAGUAAUUGGCUGCUAGGUGGACCACCGCCCCGCAAAUCGGACCCGUGUUUGAUCGUGGAGAUGUAUUAGCAGAAGUGCUGGGAUAUUUAUUCCUCUUUUGUCUUUCGGGGGUUCAGUUUGCCAGCGUCUGGAAAACCGAAAUUCAAGAUUCAGCUCCCCUCUCUCCACUGGAACCGUUAUAACCUCCUCAUACUGGCGACACAAGCUGAAGUAAUGGAGAAGUCAAGACGUGGGCAACAGCUAGCAUUCAGCCUCCUGUUUUGGUUGUGGUUACCUUGCUGUUUAACUCAGACCACACCAUCAAAUGCAGCCACAACAACACCUACACCAUCGCCAUCCCCCCGGCCCCAGACAGAGCGGCUAAAGGUCAGACUGGCCGGAUAUCCUCGAAAACACAACGAGGGUCGGAUAGAGCUUUUUUACAAGGGAGAGUGGGGAACCAUCUGUGAUGAUGACUUCUCAAUAGCUAACGCCAACGUGCUCUGCCGCCAAAUGGGCUUCGUGUCAGCCACAGGAUGGACACACAGUGCCAAGUACGGCAAGGGCCAAGGGAAAAUCUGGCUGGACAAUGUGCUGUGUAACGGAGGUGAGAAGAGCAUUGAAUUCUGCAAGUCUCGCGGCUGGGGCAAUAGUGACUGCACUCACGAUGAAGAUGCUGGAGUUGUGUGCAAAGAUGAGAGGAUUCCCGGCUUUUUGGACUCAAAUGUCAUUGAUGCCCAAAUGGAUGAUAACAAAGUAGAGGAGGUGCGACUCCGGCCCGUGGUCGCCAAAAAGAAGCUGCCCGUCUCAGAGGGUGUAGUGGAGGUGAAAUAUAAAGAUGGCUGGGUGCAGAUCUGCGACCGGGGAUGGACGAUCAAAAACACCCACGUGGUCUGCGGCAUGCUGGGAUUCCCACAUGAGAGGAAAGUCAACAAGAACUUCUACAAGUUGUAUUUGGAGCGUCAGAAGAACCACUUCCACAUCCACUCCGUGGCGUGCACAGGCACAGAGGUCCACCUGGCAGCCUGCCCCCUGGAGUUCAACAAGCCAAACGCCACAUCGUCCUGCGAGGGCGGCAUGGCAGCUGUCGUCAGCUGCAUGCCGGGACCGCUCUUCAUGCAAAACAGCGGCUUGAAAAAGAAACUUAAAACUUCGAACAACGUGCGGCUGAAGGGAGGUGCCAGGCUGGGCGAGGGACGGGUGGAGGUGUUGAAAGACAACGAGUGGGGCACAGUGUGCGAUGAUCGCUGGAGCCUGCAGUCAGCCAGCGUCGUCUGCAGGGAGCUCGGCUUUGGUAGUGCCAAGGAGGCUCUCACCGGAGCACGCAUGGGACAAGGAAUGGGUCCAAUCUACAUGAAUGAGGUGAAAUGCCUCGGUGAGGAGAAGUCCAUCUGGAACUGCCCCUUUAAAAACAUCACAUCAGAGGACUGUCAACACACGGAGGACGCCGCUGUCCGCUGCAACGUACCCUACAUGGGCCUCGAGAACUCGAUCCGACUCACAGGAGGACGGACCCGUUACGAGGGCCGUGUGGAGGUGCUUGGUUCAGACUCUAACGGGACGCAGGGCUGGGGUCUGAUCUGUGGCGAGAACUGGAGCACCAAGGAGGCUAUGGUGGCCUGCAGGCAGCUGGGCUUGGGCUACGCUAACCAGGGUCUGCAAAUCCGGAUAGUGGGCGGCCGGAGCAAUUAUGAGGGCCGGGUGGAGGUUCAGGUUGGGUCCAAGUGGGGCACAGUGUGCAGCACAGGCUGGACCACAAAGGAAGCCAUGGUGGUGUGCAGGCAGCUAGGGCUCGGCUACUCCUUGCAUGCCAUAACUGAAACCUGGUACUGGGACGGCAGUAAUGUGACAGAGAUGGUGAUGAGCGGCGUGAAGUGCACGGGGACCGAGAUGGCCCUGACCCAGUGCCAGCAUCACAAAACUGUCAACUGCCAGCGAGCGGCAGCCAAGUUUGCAGCGGGAGUCAUCUGUUCUGAGACGGCCUCUGACCUCGUCCUGAACGCCCCUCUGGUCCAGCAGACGGUCUACAUCGAGGAUCGCCCUCUGCACAUGCUCUACUGCGCCGCCGAAGAGGACUGCCUGUCAAAAUCUGCAGCCAAGGCCAACUGGCCGUACGGACACCGACGUCUGCUCCGCUUCUCUUCCCAGAUCAAUAACAUCGGCCGGGCGGACUUCAAGCCAAAGGCUGGGCGGCACUCGUGGGUCUGGCACGCCUGCCAUGGCCACUACCACAGCAUGGAUAUUUUCACCCACUACGAUCUGCUGAACGCCAACGGCACCAAAGUGGCAGAGGGACACAAAGCCAGUUUCUGUCUGGAGGACUCAGAUUGUCAAGAGGGUGUUUCUAAGAGGUACGAGUGUGCUAACUUUGGCGAUCAGGGAAUCACUGUGGGCUGCUGGGAUUUGUACCGCCACGACAUCGACUGCCAGUGGAUCGACAUCACAGACGUCAAGCCAGGAAACUACAUUAUGCAGAUUGUGAUCAAUCCCAAUUUCGAAGUGGCCGAGAGCGACUUCACCAACAACGCCAUGAAAUGCAACUGCAAAUAUGAUGGACAUCGAAUCUGGUUCCACAACUGCCAUAUUGGUGAUGCGUUCAGCGAGGAGGCGGAGAGGAGGUUUGAGAAAUACCCCGGACAGCUGAAUAACCAGAUUUCUUAAUCAACAGUAACUCUGCAGCUAUAUGAGAAGAAAAGUGGGGGUUGAAUAGUUGAAUAAGUAAUAAACACACCUCACUAGCUCAAAGAGAUAGACACAAACCUUUUGUCUUCAAGUAGCAAAAGGCAGCCCGCACCCCCCCCACAAUAUGUCUCAGAUUAUUUGUAAUCAUGGAAGAAGCCAGCAGUAUUUUCCUCCGGUGAAUGUGUUGUAUGUCUGAGUUAUUAUACUUGAAUAUUCAAGUGCUAAUGUUUUUAUGGAUUUUCUUUUUUCAGUCUAAUGUGAGCUAAUGCUGUAUUUUUAUCACAAAAUAGGAUUUUAUAAAGUCAGUUGCACAGUCUGUGUGCAACAAAUGUACAGCCUUCUAUUGAAUGUUUUUGUUCUGAGUUAUGAAUGAGGUGUUAUAUUUGAUUUUUUUUUUUUAUAACCAAGUUUAUUUUUACUUGGAGCAAGCAGGUUUAGAACUACCUGUUUCCAAGUGUUAGUGUCGUUACACUAAAAAGAAGAAAUCGGAGGCAUGAACAGGAACAGAUGCAGCUCUGAGAAAGUCUUACUGGUCUUAAAUGCGAUUUCAUACUGGGUAUCAUGGGCAAAAGUGAAAGACUUUCCAUCACCAAAAACCUGUAAAUGUCUCUGAGCAAAACAUCAAACCCUUUACCUGGAUAACUCACUCUGGACUGGACUGUUAGCAUGAAGGCUGAAUGUAAAUGAGCGUGUUGCUCAAGAGAAAUGGAAAUCAAAUCAUAUCAAUCCUGCCUCCACAGUUACGAUAUUUUAUGAAUGUAUUUAUUGCCAGUAUCUGGGUGCUCAAGAACAAAACUUCUUCACUAGGAUUGUUGUCAGUUUGCUUUGGAGCCAGUGGAAGCCACCUGUAGCUUUAGUCUGUAUGUAUUUUAAUAGUCUUUUAGAGUCAAGACGUAGAUGUUACUGGACAUAGAUGAAAAACUACAAUUUCCCUGAAGAUUUGCUGUUUGUAUACGCUGAUGUAAUCAUACCCGCUGCACCGAAUAAAAAGGAGAGGAACAAUAACUGUUCUGUAUUUAA